UUCGGUCACUAUUAUUGUUUACUCAUUUAACGUAGAUACAGUUUGCGAUGCCACCGAAGCUGUGAAUUAUCCAACAGAGAUUUUGAACUCAUUGGAUUUGCCAGGCAUGCCACCACAAAAUUUACAACUGAGGGUUAGAUCGCUCCGUAAUUUGAUUCCACCACGACUGUGCAAAGUCACUCGAAUAUAACCCCCAAUUCUUAUACUUCUAUCGCCAACCCCUACUUUUAAUAGCCACUUUAGUAAUUUAUCAUUUUUACCCUGAUCAUAGAUCAGUUAUUCCCGCCAGACGUCUACCGGUGUCACUUCUCACUCAGUAAACAGCAAGGACGAAAUAGGAAUGAGCACGAAGCCGUCUCCUUUCUCCUUUGCAGAACAAGCCUUCUCUCACUGCCUGCACAGUUUUCAGCCACUAUUAUUGUUUAUCCAUCGAGCGUAGAUAUAAUUUGUUAUGCCACCGAAGCUGUGAAUUAUCCAACAGAAAAUUUGAACUCAUCGGAUUUGCCAGGCAUGUCACCAUACAUAAUUUACUGCUGAAGAUUAGAUCGCUCCGUAAUUUGAAUCCCCCACGACAGUGCAAAGUCACUCGAUUAUUCAUUAAAACAUUAAUGAAAAAAGUUGCCGUUGCCAUUGAUAUCACGAAUCCAUAUCAUAACUACAAAUGUGCUAAUUCAUUUUAAACGUGUGCAAAUUCUAAUUAGAUUGGCAUUUGCAAUGACUAUUAAUAAGUCCCUAGGCCAAAUAAUGUCCGUUUGUGGCUUGGAUUUGAGCACAUCAUGUUUUUCACGGGGACAAUUAUACGCGGCAUGUUCUCAAGUAGCCAUUUCGUUUGUGUUAGCUGAACAUCGACUAACGAAAAAUAUUGUACACUUUAUAGCAUUAAGGAAUUAAUAUUAUUUGUAAGUGUCAUUGUUCUUAUGAAAAUAAUGUAUGUGGUAAAACAACGUUUGCCGGAUCAGCUAGUAAUAAUAUACUAUUUCACCUCUUCUUCCUGGUUCCCAUUUACUGUUUUCGAUAUGACUUUAAAAUUUUCCACUCAAACUACCCAUUUAAAAUGAUUAAAUGGCCAAGGUCAUGGAAAUCUGGUCAAAUAAUUGUCAUGCAAUAAUAUCUUCAAGCCUAAGUCACAGUGUAAUCUGUGCCUAAGUGUACAAAAACAAAAACUUUUAUUCGUUAGCUGUCAGUUGAAGUGUCAAAGUGUUAUAGUUAUGAAAUAAUGUGGUUAGGUUCAUGUUCAUAGAGGUUAUAUUUUGACUUAGUGGAUCUAUUUUAUUGAAUACAUUUUAAGUAAAAAAGAGUAAAAAAAUGAUGUAAAAUGGCUAGGAUAUUUAAUAAGCUGCACAACAUUUCGGAAGAUGAACAAAACAUGGAAGAAAACAUAAGUUGGAUUAUAUACAUUGCCAGUCUUACAGAAAAUUGCAUGGAUUCUAAUGACAUAGAAAUUGCCUCAAAAAUUAUAUCUUAUAGAGUUCCAUUCAGAAGUUAUUUUCCCGAAUUCAUUGAUGUUCUGAAGGAAAUUGAUGUGAAAAAGGGUAUAUCAUUGUCUAACUAUAAAAUAGCUGUGGCAGAUAAGUGGUUGUUUAAAAUUAUUCUCUUGAAUUCAAUAAAACACUUCAAUAUUCUUCAUGAAAAAACUGAAAGUGUCGAUUAUUACAAAACAGAAGUGUUAAUUUCUUUAGUUGAGUACAUCAUUGAGCUCAUAGAUAUAGUAAAAGAAAACUCAUUUUAUCUCUUGAAAACUCUUCAAUAUUUACUGAAGAGACAAGAUAUUCUAUCAAAUUCUUUGAGUUGUGAUGUUCUGAAAUGUAUGAGUAAAGUAGCCUUGUCGCCGAUAAUAGGUUUCAAACAAAUUGCUCAUGGAAUCUCAAAAAUAGUAAUUAAUUUUCUAUCUUUUGAAUCGCUAGAAUCAAUCCAUAAUAGUUUGAUAUUACCUGUAAGAGGUAUAGAGACUUUUCCUCUCUUGAGGCUACUUCCAGACCAUUAUGUUAUAAUAAAUCUUAAGACAUUAGUCAAAAAAGUUUUGAAAAUGUUCACCAACAGUAUUGAGAGUAAAGAUGGAGGUUUUUUAUACGAUAGACUGCUGAUUUGUAGCUUUGAAAAUUGGCGUAACCAAAUUUGGCCAUAUUUUUGCAAAAAAUUGCUGAAAAUUGAGUACGAAGGUGAAUUCUACCAAAGUCUUGUGAAGUAUUGGAUACCAUCCAGUGUUUUAGCUUACAAAACAGAAUUUUAUGAUUUUCUGAAAAAUGAACCAAUAGAUCGAAGACUGAAAGCAUCUAUAUUACUCGAAUCGAGGAAACAUGGAUACCCACUGAAAGAUGUAAGCCUUUUCUUUUACAAUGUUGACACAAGAAAUCUAGGACUGAGACUGGCUGCAACUUAUAGAAAAAAAACUCUUUGUCCAAUAAUAAGUGAUAUCAAAAUCAUGAUGGACUUCUUGCACUCCAAUUUGAAAACAUGUCUUGAAGACAAUGAAUUGAAGAGUCUCAGUUUGAUGUUUUCCCAGGUCUUCUUUUAUGCACAUAAUGAUUUAAAAAGAGGCUGUGAAAACAUGAAUUUUUAUGAGAAAGUUGUUAACGAAGCUUAUGAAUACUGCUAUGGAAAUCUAAUUACAGAUCAUUAUGAAGUUGGUGCCCAACUGUUACAGAUAAUAUGGACAACACUGACAGGGUCUCAUAUGGAUUUAACUCUAAUCUACAAAGUGGACAAGAAGGAUAUUUAUGGCAAAGGAGAAAAUCUGUUAUACAAGGAACUGAAAAAUUCAAACAAGUGGAAAUUUGAAAACAAAGUUCUGGUUUCGAGACUUGAAUGGUGUUUUGUGAGAAAUGAUUAUUACAGUCCAAGAUUGACUAACCUAAUACUGCAUUAUUAUUCACAUCACACCUUUGUCAACGUAGAUAUCCUUAAACAAGUGAUCGCAAGGAUUGAAAACAUUUCAACUUUACACAAUACAGAGAAGAUUGUCAAUUGUUCCAAUAUAAUUUUCCAAACAGGGUUGCAACUAGAAAAUGAAAGUUUCAUCGAAGAAAUUAGACACUUACUUUUAGAACAUUUGUUUCAUGAUACAAAUGAAAAUAAGUUGUUCAAAAGUGUUUUGUACUUGGAGAUUUUAGCAUCAGCUAGAAGACAUAAUUUCAAAGUACAAAAUUUUGAAUUACUCAUAAAAGAGUCCCUUGGUUUGAUAGAGUUUGUAUUAGAAAGUGAUUUUAUAGAAAAUGCUUCAUAUAAAUCCAAAAAGGUUUUUGAAACUUUCGUAGCUAGAGUUAUGUUUUGUAUAAUGGAUGAUCUACACUCUAUAUGGCAAAAUAUUGAUAAAAUUGCUACUAUUACGACUCUGAAAAAAAUUAUCAAUAGAAGCAACAUGAAAAAGCCAGUUUCAUUGAGUGUUGAAGUCUUAAGACAAUUUGGAUGCAAAAUGGAUGAAAGUGAAGAUGAUAAAGUGUUGAAAAUUAAACUGUUAAAUGAUGUUCUGCAAACAAUAUAUGAUACUUCUCUGCGGCCAGAUAUGAAAAUGAGACGGAAUCCUGAGAGCAGACUAGUUGUACAUGCUUUAUGUGCCUCUCAAAAAUGUCCAGGCAGGCCUCUUCUAAAAUGGGUGUUUGACUAUCUCCUGAAUCUCAUUUCUGAUUCACAGUCUUCUGAUUUCUCAAUAUCUUCAUCUUUACAUACAAUUGAGCUGCUUAUAUCUGACAAUAGACUGCAUCAACAAACGCUACAAUUCAUUCCUUCUGUGAUCAUCCAGUGUGUUGAAAUUUUCAAGAAACCAAGCUGGACUGUCAGGAAUGCUAAUCUACAGCUGGCGAAAUCUUUAAUUGAAAGGUUGUAUGGAGUUUCACUGCACUUUUUCAAUCGACCCAAAUGCAUAGAAGAUCUUUUUUCAUUAUUUCCCAACUUGGCUACUUACUUUUACAAAAUUCUUUCCACCGACAUUCUGGAUGAAAGGUCCGUAAUUGUAUUCCAUUUCUUCCUUGAGUCGCAAAUUAAAGAGCAAGUUUUUGACAACUCUUUACAAGAUAUUUUGGGGUACUUUCAAAUGUUGUUCGUUCACAUCAUUAAAAACUAUCAGAGUCACUUUGGAAAGUUGGCUGUAAGUUCAUAUGUAUCUCUUUGCCACUGUAAAAAUAUUCCUGAAGUUUUGAAUGAUAUCACAGAAUACGUUAUAAGCAAGUAUACUACAAUGAAAAAAAAUAUUUUUAGAAACUUGGUUUUUCUCAUUCAAGAGUUGUAUGAAAAGUAUGAGAAUUCAUUUGAGUAUUACUCCAAACCACAAUCGAUGGUAAAAAUUCAUAGAACAUUGAAAAAUCUGUCACUUUUUCUAGAAAAAUUUGAUAGUGAACUUAAUGAUUUUCUGUUGCUUAAAGUUCGACAAAGAAUGGAAAUUUUAAAGUGUUUUGAGAAGAAGACGAAAUCAGAAAACAGAAUAUGGCUAAACAACAAUAUUCCUUUUGUAAUUAUGAAUACAGAAUCUUGUAAUAUGUAUAUAACUUUGGGAAAAAUUCUGUUGGAUGAUCAACCCAGCUUCUUACACGUCAAAGUAUUAUCAAUUUUGGUAUCUAAAUUUGAAAAUAACUACUUUGCUGAAGAGGACAUAACAAAUAUCUUGCAAGUGUUGUUUAAAAAGUCAAUUACAGUUGAUGAUUCUAAUUUCUAUCUCCACAAUUGUUAUUUCAAAGUGAUACUUCUUUUCAUAAAAUCUACUACUUGCAAAGAAAUAUCUCUCACAAAUGUUUCUCUAGUGUUCCAAAAAAUAAGACGGACGAAUUUUACCGCACGGUUCAAAAACAGUUCAUAA